CCCCAUCUUGCCUGGUGGUGGUGGUGUUGACACAUAACACUUAAGCAUUUUGCAUAGACGGCGUGGUCAAAAGAACGGGAAAAGAAAUGAAGCCUGUCACACUGGUGGUUCUCUCCCUGGCUCUUCUGGUCAGUGUGUCGGCCAGAAGAGGUGGUGGAGGGGGAUUCAAGGGUGGUGGAUUCAGCUGGGGCCGCAAGACCUCCUCCACUGGCUCCCGCACUAGCAGCAGUGGGUCGUCAUCAUCUUCGGCAAGGCGACCAAGCCAGUCACAGCCGGCAAAUUACCCGCGGCAACCGCAGAACCCUCCGCAGAACCCUCCGCCAUAUCCUGGAGCUGGAGCACCGCCUCCUUAUCCGGGAGCAGGUGCCCCACCCCCUUAUCCAGGUGCUGGAUCUCCACCCCGUUACCCAGGAGCUGGUGCCCCGCCUCCUUAUCCUGGAGCUGGAGCCCCGCCCCCAUAUCCUGGAGCAGGAGCUGGCAGUUACCCUGGCAGGGUGAACCCUGGCGGUGCAGCCAAUCCAUAUCCAGGUGGGGGAUCGUAUCCUGGGUAUCCAGUGAGGGGAGGUGGGUAUGCUGGAGGCGGAUCGUACCCUGGUGGUGCUGGAGUCGGAGCAGCUGGAGGCAGCUACCCUCAGGGCAACCCUUACCCCUACUGGAACCCUAACAACAAGAUCAUGAGUCCCGGCUACGGGGGCAAUUACGGUUACGGCUCCCGGGGCUACGGCCAGGGCUAUGGUCAGGGCGGCUCUCCAUUUGCCCAUUCCGUGCAGAACAUGGGCUACAACCCCUCUGUCCAGUCCAGGGGCUUUGGCCGGCAGGCGGUGAUGGCAGCUGGUGCUGGAGCCGUGGCUGGCAUGGCCCUGGGCUACGGCCUGGGCAGCUUCCCACGUCCCCACUUCCACUUCCAUAACCCCCAGGAGGAGUACUACUACAACAACUACAUGCACCGCCGCUACGGCUCCAGCUACUCAGGCAGGCCCCAGGAGGGUGGUGGAGGUGCUGGUGGAGGCGGUGAUUCUGGCCAGACGGGCGCGGGCGGUGAAGGGCAGGGCGGUCCAGGCGGCAACCCCCCUCCGGUUCUGCUGAGCCCCCCACCGCAAGGCUACGACACGUUCAUGGACAGCUGCAUGAAGAGGAGCGACCUGCUGCGCAGCAAGAGGAGCCUGCGGCAGGGUGGCGGCAUCGGCGGAGAGGAGCCCAUGGCGGACGAGCCAGUGGCCCUGGCACAACAGGCCCCCGAGGAAAGCGCCAGCAGCACCCCAGCACCUCUCCCCGCUGACUCGGAGCCCAUUGGCAACGUCAGCACCGCAGCAGCGGCCCAAUCCCAGAACGACACAGACGGGACCCCGGGGACCACCUCCAACACCACUGUUGCCAAGGAGGAGAGCAAACAGGAGGAGGAGGAGAAGAAGGCAGAAGCAGAGGACGAGGUGGUCAGCAUCAUGCAGAUCGGCUACCCGAUGCUGAUCGAGCAGCUGAAGGCCCGCAAGUGCAUCGAAUUCUACAUGGUCUACACAGAGCGUGUGGCGCAACAGCAGCAGCAGGAGUGGCAGCAGCAGCAGCAGCAGGUCGGAGAACAAAACAACAACGACUACAAAGCCCGCGGUGGAGGGGAGAAGCUGGGGCCCCUUAACCAGGGCGUGAUGCUUCUGCUGUCUAGCACCGUCUCACUGCUGCUCAGCCUGUUGCUCUUGCACUGAGACCACCGGCCUAUGGAUUUUUGACAUGCAGGGAAAAAAAUCUGUCAUUGAAUGCACUAAUCAACAUUCAGGAUGAGGAGGCUGUUGAGGUUAACUAAUUCACUAGAGUGUUGCAAAGCUAUCGAGAUAAUGUUUGCACUUACAGUAAAUUGACAGUUCAACUUAUUAAUUUAAUAAAUAACUUAUUGGAUGUUUAGAAGAAAUAACAACAAUAAUGUUGAAGAGUUAACUGAUUUGAAUUUUUGUUUUUUUAAAUUACACUAUUUUCAUGUAGUCAUUUUUCAGACUGGGAGAGAGGGAGGGAUUAGUGUACCCUAAUGGAGAACUCAACAGAAGUUUCUAAACCAGGACAUUUAACUAAGGAAGUUAGCAAAGUGCCGUAAUCUGCACUUUAAUAUGCACUCACUUCUUGGGAAAGAUACAGUCCCUGGAGUCAUUUAAGUCACAUGACAAGUAGAUUCUGAAUAAUAACGCCAUAGAGGAGAUAUAUUUGUCUCCCAAUGUCACUGGCCAGGUGUAAAUAAUCACCAAUAGCCAACACUGCAACAUGUUAUUGGUGUUAAAGGGAGUCAUGAUCUUGAUAUUUGGAAAAUGCGCAUUCUCAUCAGGAGAAAUACUUUUACUUUAAAUUGGUGUCUCUGGGGGGUUUUUUUGCCAGCAUAAUUCAUAAUUAUCGUGUUGGCAAAACCUACAGUAGCCUAACUAAACCCUGCUCCUCUGUUCUUGCGCUGCACUGAUAAGCAAACAAUUCAUGGUCAGCUACUGUAUUUGCAAUACAGGGAGAACUAUAAUCUGAAGGAAAUAAUAAGACAUCUUGUCUGUAACUGUCCCUGUAGAGACUGAAUCUUCACUUGAAAUUGUUUUAAAUUAUGUAUAAAUUAUUCCUAAACUUCUCAACGUCAUCUUGUCCCUUGCAAUAUGAAAACCCUAAAGCGAUUUCUACUGUAAAUGAAUGUAGGACUGAACUCACAUUUUUAUUAUGGAAAGCCAAUUAAGAUAAAGCAUGAUUAAGUCAAACUGUCCCACUUACAAUCUAAAUUUAGCAUGAAACUAAAAAUAAUGUAUUGUACCCAAUGUAGAUCAUGGGAUCUAACACAAGCUUGAUUUUUGGUGUGAAUAUUUCAGCUUUAAACAUUUAACAUAGAAUGAAUGUAAAACAGUGCAGUGUCUGAGUUGGGAUACUACUUAUCAGGAUGACAUUUCGUCUUAGGUCACUCUGUGAGUGCGAAAACGUCACUGGCAAAAACGUGCUGGAAACUGUGGCUGUGUGUGGAUGUCUUUGAUGUGUUCUUUCUUUCCUGCUCAUGUGAUCGACUGCCUACUACUGAAAUAAUUGUUUGUUUUGUGAGUUGUUGUUUGUUGUGUGUGUUUUAUUUAUCAUCAGAUGUUCUCCUGAUCACUGUGGUGUUGUAUUUAGGACACCAGUAAGCACACAUUGUCAAGCCUGGGUUUGUAAUAUCCAGUCACUAGCUGAAGACUUGGGUCUUCUCAUUACAUUUCACUCCACUAACAUCUCCCUUCGCUUGUCUUUGUUCUUUUUCAUUUGUUUCAUUUGUUAUAUUUUUCAUCAGGUUUGGUCAGCUCAAGGUUCCUUUGUGGACAAAGACAAGUGUAACAGUAGCAAGCAGGCACAGGGCUAUGCAGUGAAGAACCCUCCCUCACAGACACCUGAAGAGAAGUGCUAGUGAAAGACGUUAGCAUCCAAUUGUUUUAGCCCUCCUUGCUAGCCACACCCUCCUCUCAUGGUGGUGCUGUGGGCUUUAAUCCAGGCCAGCGAGGGAUUGAACCGUCAAUAUAACACAGGUUACAUAAGCAGAAAGAAGCCACUGUAAUGCAUGGAGCAACAUUUCAUGAUUUUUGAAGCAGCCAUAAUGUAAUGUUAUGCAUACCGUUAUGUUCUAUGACAGAAAGUUUUCUUGAUAUUUACAUGCACUUUUAUAGGUAUGGUCUCAAAGGGACAGUCCUUUCAAUAACUGUACACAACGCCAGAUUUUUAAGGUGAAUUUAAAGCCUACUCUUUUUACUGGAUUGAACUAAGACUUUAAUGUCUGCUAAAUAAAUUAAUGUUAAAAAAUCAGAGGUUCUAGAGUAGGUUGACACCCUUGUCUAACUUUCUAGCACUCCAACUGAAAUGGUUUAUAAUAUUUCCUAGCGGUUUUCACUGCUAGCAUCAGAUCAAAUCGCUAGAUCAUCCAGCUAAAAUAGUUUUAACUUUAGUGAUAUCUUUUUGCUGCUGGACAUAUUUUCUUUGAUCCUGUGAAAGGUCUAACAUGCUCUUGUCUCUGCUGUAGAUUUGUUGGUGUUCAUAUAGUGUGCUGUGCACAAUGAGAGUUUAUUUUACAAUUAGAUGUCACUUGUUGGACUGUAUGUAAGUCUGUGGUUUUGAGAUGAACAUGACUGCUGUCUGAAUUGUAUUUUCACUUUGUUCCAUUAUGGCUUACGCCAACUGGGAUUACUGUAGCAAACUGCCAACACUGGCGAUACAUUUUGUUUGAAUGUCUUUUAAAGAUAAACAAUUUUUAUAACCUGUGUUUGGACCAUACAAUUUGAACGUAAUGUUGUUCCUAAUAGUGCUGUUGCCUUUCUUUGAUCUUUUAGCUUGUGAACAUUCACCUAACAGUAAUGCUAUCUUAUGGGUAGAUUGCCUUUGCCAGUCUAAUUUAAGAUUUUGAUGUAAUGCAUAUGUUUAAAUCAGUGCAUGAUUAUCUGAAGUCUGUAUGACUACUUCUAAAUCUUUCAGCUCUGCCACCUACUGCAGUUUACAGUUUGAGAGCUGCGUCAUCAAAUAAAGACCCUAAAAGACAGUGAAAGUAAAUUUAAGAAACUACCAUGCAUCAUUCAGUUCGCGUAUGGGUUAAACACACACUCCAUCAUGGAAAAACUGCUAAUUGAAAAGACAAAGUGUGUGUCAAUAUGUUAUUUAGAGACCUCUUCCUCAUCGACCCAUUUCCUGAAGCUGGCUCUUUUGUGUUUGGAUGGCAUUGUUUCUGCCUAGAGACUGUUCUGUAAAUAAAGUCACUUGGAUUGCUGAA